AUGCAUGAUGUGGGAGUGAUUGAGGUAAAUGAUAACAGAACUGAAAGGCCUGGUGGAAGCAGUGCCUGCAUAGAUAAAUAUUGCGACGAGACUAGUGGGCCUGGCGAGUACAGAGCGCUCGACAAAAAUAUGGUAGAAAUGGGAGUGCCUGAUGAACAGUCUGCACUCAAUCAACAUGAACAAGGCGGACACACGUUGGAUCAAGUCGAUGACCAGCAAGCAGAUGAUACAGACAUUGUGAUUUGUCAAUUAUACUAUAAAUCUCUUUUACAUGUGGAUAUGAAAGUACAGGAUGCAGGCAUAACUGCUGUAGUAGACACUGCUGCUGAAGUAAGCUUAAUAUCUUUUGAACUCUUUGAAAGUUUAGAUCCAAAACCAAAAACCAUUAUGCGAGUAAAGAUGUACACCGCUGGCAAAGGACUUAUAAUGAAUGGUUUAAUUGUGGGGCCAGUGAAAUUAAAAUUGGGUUCAUUGGUGAUUGAAGAAAAUAUAUAUGUGUCCCCAAUUAGAGAUCAGAUGCUUUUGGGUCUUGACAACAUGCUGAAAUAUAACAUAGCAGUUGAUAUUCCACAAAAGAUGUUGAGAUUCAGUAAUGAAUGUGUUCCCAUGCUCACAAAUGCGGGAAUGUCGAAAAGUGAUGUGACUGUUUCAAAGUAUUUAGGUGACCAACAACAGCAGCAAAUGAAGUGUCUACUGAUAGAGUUUGAGGAUGUUUUUGCUCUAGAUGAAUUUGAUCUUGGGAAUUUUACUGCUGUUCAACAUGAAAUUGAGACUGAGAUGGCACGUCCAGUAAAGAGCAAGAUAAGACGCACUCCAAUGGGGUUCGCUGCUGAAGAGGAGGAGCACUUAAAUAAAAUGCUUAAAACCAAACCAAAGGUAGGGUUUCUGGGCCGUUGGGUAGGUCCUGGUGGUAUGGAAGUUAGUGAUGCAGACAUUAAGGUGGUGAAACAGUGGAAGAGGCCAGUCAGUACUAGAGAGGUGGAGCAAUUUUUAGGACUCGUGAACUACCAUCGAACUUUCAUUCCUAAUCUCGCUAAAGUAGCUGUUCCGUUGUAUGCCAUAACAGGGAAACGUGAAUAUACCUGGCAAGCAAAACAAGAUGAGGCAUUUCAACAGCUGAUGACGUCACCCCCUGUGCUCGCGCUGCCGAACAGUAAGGAUCCAUUUGUCCUUGACACAGAUGCUUCAGACAGAGCGGUCGGGGCAGCGCUGAGCCAGAUUCAAGAUGGAAAAGAACGAGUAUUCUCAUUCGCCUAUUUAGCUUGUGGCCAGAACAGAGAAAUUACUGUACAACACGAAAAGAGUUAUUGGCUGUCGUUAGAUUCAUACGCCAUUAUCGACAUUAUUUACUUGGUCGUCCAUUCAUAA